AUGUGCCUCCUUAUUGGUUUUAUCAUCAUUCUUUACGUCUCCUAUCGUUUAUAUCAACAUUUCUAUCCAACACCAAACAUCAGUCCCAAUGGUAAAUACAUUUUAAUAUCGGGAUGUGACACUGGGUUCGGUCAUGGACUAGCUAUUGAACUUGAUAGGCAAGGUUUUAAUGUUCUGGCUGGUGUAUUUUCUCCUGAUAACAUCAGUUCUCUCCAAAAGGAACUUUCAUCGCGAGCUACUGUCUUUCGACUUGAUAUUACUAAACAAGAUGAUAUUGAUGCUGCAUUUGAAUUAGUCAAAGAAAAAACUCAAGUUCUUCAUGGGCUUGUUAACAAUGCCGGGAUUUCUAUCAGUGGCUAUGUUGAUUGGAUGUCUAUGGAAUCUUUACAUAAAGUAAUGGAUGUAAACUUCUUUGGACAUGUUGGAAUGACAAAGAAAUUCUUACCAUUACUUAUUGCGAAACGUGAUUCACGUGUUGUGAAUAUUUGUUCCGUAGCUGGCUAUCUGGCGUUAUCAAAUAUGACUGCUUAUUGUGCAUCGAAAUAUGCACUUGAAUCAUUUUCUGAUUGUCUUCGUCGAGAAAUGGUUCCAUGGGGUUUACGUGUUAGUAUUAUUGAACCAGGAUUUAUGCGAACAAAAAUUAUUGAAGGAGACGGAAGAUCUUUUUCAGACUUUUGGCAGAAUCUUUCGACUGAUGUUCAAGAACGAUGGGGUGAAGAUUUCACUAAAGCUAGAUUGGUUGCUGCAAGAAAUAACUUAUUCUUGAAACAUGCUGAAGAUCCUAUGAAAGUUGUGCGAGCUCUUCAACAUGCCGUCGCAAAUACAAUGCCUCAUAUUCGCUAUCGACCUGGUUGGCAAUCAAGUAUGAUAUUUUUUCCAUUGUCGAUGCUACCGGCUUGGAGUGUUGAUUGGUUUUUUGGCAAGUUGAUGAAAUCAACACUGGCUCCUGCAAGCAUCUCCAAACAACACAAAGAAUAA